ACGUUACUGGGAAAGGUCGUACUUGGCAGGAGACUCAGGAAAACUUCCAUCCUCAUCCCAGGUUUCAAUUUCCAUAAACACCUCAUAAGGGCACGGAAGGAGGGAGUGUAACAAAUUGGAGAGAAAGACAGCUUAACAGACAGAGUAUAUGUGUGUCAGGGAAACAGUACAAGAAAGAGGACAGAAUAAAAGCACACUAGUUGGUGAAAUGAGAUGCACUGUCACAUCUUGUUAGGAUUCUGGUUGUUGUGAAUUAAUAACUUACAAAGCUAGAAAGGCACUGAGCUGUGUACCUGGGCAUCCAGCCUGAACACAAACUCACACUAAGACAGUCUUCAAGAAUACUGACCUGAAAGAAAACACCGGACACGUCUGAAACUGCAGAAUGAAGCCCCUUGCUAUACUCCUUGUAGUGUUACUCUGUGAUGUGUCCUGGACUCAGUAUGAAGAUUCAUAUGAUGACUCUCAUUGGUGGCUUUCCUACAUAAGGAGCAUGCAAUACAGUGAUGUUGGUGCUCCAUAUAGCUACGGUGGUGCUCCUUCAUAUGAUUAUGAUCCAGGCCCCCCUGCUCCAUCUGUAAGUGACUGCCCACAGGAAUGUGAAUGUCCACCAACCUUCCCAACCGCACUAUAUUGCGAUGGUCGAAACUUAAAGUAUCUUCCCUAUGUACCAUCUCGAGUCAAAUAUGCCUACUUCCAAAACAAUCAGAUCACUGCUGUACCUGAUGGUGCCUUUGACAAUGCCACUGGGCUGGUGUGGUUGGCAUUACAUGGGAACCAGCUCUUGAGUGAUAAGGUAGGCAGAAAGAUCUUUUCCAAGCUUCGAGGAUUGGAGAGGCUUUAUAUGCAAAAUAACAAUCUGACCCGCAUACCCAGUGGACUGCCUCGUUCACUGCGUGAGUUAUAUCUCUCAUCCAAUCAGAUCUCCAAAAUGCCCGCUAAUGCCUUAGAAGGUCUAGAAAAUCUUACUGCCCUGGACUUACAUAGGAAUCAGAUAAAUGAAGUGGGGAGUGCACUGAGAGGACUAAAAUCCCUAGUGCAUUUGGACAUUAGCAACAACCAGCUCCGCAAGUUGCCAGACACACUUCCUGGGUCUUUAGAACAAAUGUACCUGGAGUACAAUUACGUGAGCUCAGUGCCAUCAGAGUACUUCAAGGCAUAUCCCAAGUUGCAGUAUGUUAGAAUUUCACACAACCGACUCACCAAUGAAGGGUUCCCAGAGACAACAUUCAAUACUACCAGUCUAGUGGAACUGGACCUGUCAUACAAUCAACUGCACCGUAUACCACCAGUUAACACCAACCUACAGCACCUGUAUCUGCAGGGUAAUCAGAUUGAAGAGUUCUCUGUCAAAAGUUUCUGUACAUUUGUGGACAUCACUAACUUCUCCAGGCUGCAGGUUCUACGAUUGGAUGGAAAUGAGAUCCAAAGAAAUGCUAUCCCACCAGACACACCCCUCUGCUUGCGUAAUACUGACAUCAUCCACGUCUAACUAUACUGAGGAGCACACACCACGUACUGGCUCUCCUGAACACCAUCACUACCAAAUCACCCACAUUCUGAACUUGCAAAUGGUCUCAGUGCUAUUCACUACACCAGGAAUUCCCCAGUCAGUUCCUGACUAUUCCUUUUUAAGUGUGUAACACUGAUAAACAAUAAUUAAUAUAAGUGAAUAUGUGCACUAGAAUAAUUAAUCAAUUAAAAAGAAAAGUUUAAUAGUGAUGUUUAGUUGCUGUCAGGAUGAGAAGUAAGGGGAUUAUAGUAACAAAUCUACAUAAACAUGACACUAUGCUUUAAUCUAUUCUUCUGUGCUGCUUCUGUGAAAUGAGUCUUUACAAAAUACAAAGUGCAAAAGAAA